GUUAAAACAUGUUGUAUUUACUAAGGAAGUCCAUAGCAUAGUUUGCCAGUGACAGGUUGUUAGCUUAGCAUAAGUUGGCACAGUGUGGACUCACGCACCUGCCAAACCCAAACAGUUUGCGACUUAUUGCUUGGUGUUUGGGACCAAUAUCAUGGAGGCUGCAGGGUUCUGUGGAAUGGAGGUGGCGACUCGGGGGCUAGUGGGGGGAUCUGGCAGCAGCUCCCCUCCAGAGCUGGACAGCCCAGGUAGCCAGGAGCACCUGGGGAUGUUUGAGCUGGUCAGUAGCUGCUGCAGUGAGGAGGUGAGAGGGGAGACUCCAGGGAGAGAGGACUGCCCCCUGGACCCCAACAAUGCUGAACUGGACCCAGGCGGCGGCGGUGGUGGCAAGAUCAAGGACCCAAAGGGAUUGGGAAAAGAGGUUCUCUUACUGAUGCAAGCCCUGACCACACUAGCCUCGCCAGAGGAGAAGCUGGCCGCUUUGUGCAAGAAGUAUGCUGAUUCGCUGGAGGAGAGCCGCAGUAUACAGAAGCAGGUGAAGGUGCUGCAGAAGAAGCAGUCCCAGAUGGUCAAAGAGAAGAUCCACCUGCAGAGUGAACACAGCAAGGCCAUCCUGUCACGCAGCAAGCUGGAGAGCCUCUGUAGGGAACUGCAGAGACACAAUAAGACCCUCAAGGAUGACAACAUGCAACGGUCCAGAGAGUAUGAGGAGCAUCGGAAGGAGGCCACCCUUCACUUCCAGAUGACGCUGAACCAGAUCGAGGUACAGAUGGAACAGCACAACACUCACAACUCCAAGCUGCGCCAGGAGAACAUGGAGCUGGCCCAGAAACUCAACAAACUCAUCAAACAGUACGAGCUCAGGGAGGAGCACAUUGACAAGGUGUUCAAGCACAAGGAGAAGCAGCAGCAGUUGGUGGAUGCCAAGCUCCAGAGGACAGCUGAGCUGAUGAGAGAGUUGGAGGGGAAGCAGCAGAGAGAGAGAGACUUUCUCCUGAAAGACGCCACAGAGUGGAGACAUGAAUGUGAGCUGUUGAAGGAACAGGAGACGCAGCUCAAACAGCAGCUCUCUUUGUACAUGGACAAGUUUGAGGAAUUCCAGACCACUCUGGCGAAAAGCAACGAGGUGUUCACUACCUUCAGACAGGAGAUGGAGAAGAUGACCAAGAAGAUCAAGAAGCUGGAGAAGGAGACGACUCUGUGGAGAACGAAGUGGGAGACCAACAACCAGGCUCUGCUACAGAUGGCUGAGGAGAAGACACUGCGGGACAAACAUUACAAGGGCCUGCAUGGGAAGCUGGAGUGCCUGGAGAAACUGUGCCGGGCUUUGCAGAAGGAGAGGGACGACCUCACCACCAAACUGGGAGAGGAGGAGGAGGGGACGGGACCUCCAGACCCCCAGCCCAGCCAGGAGUCUACCCAGGAUGAGAUGUCUCCGCCUGGGAGGGGGGAAGAGACGCAGCCCCUUACUACCCCUGAACUGGAGCUAGAGUCCUCCACCACAGAGCAACUUGACAACUGAGCCACUAACCCCCUCUGCCUUUUGGGGGGUGUAUUUGAAUACAGUAUAUCUUUUUUUGUGUGUUAAAGUUUAUAAUUAAGAUUAAAAUGACUGCAUUAUUACCAAUGAAUAUAAUACUUUUUGCCCUGACUGUACAUUGUAAAACUGGGCUUUGUGGUGAGCACAAGGCUCCCCCCUUUUCUACCACAUUUGUAUUUUCUUAGAUGAUUGUCUUCAUGCUGUUGGUCAGUUACAGGGCUGUUGUUCAGCAGCUUUCUCGUGGUCAGUUACAGGGCUGUUGUUCAGCAGCUUUCUCGUGGUCAGUCGCAGGGCUGUUGUUCAGCAGCUUUCUCGUGGUCAGUCGCAGGGCUGUUGUUCAGCAGCUUUCUCGUGGUCAGUCGCAGGGCUGUUGUUCAGCAGCUUUCUCGUGGUCAGUCGCAGGGCUGUUGUUCAGCAGCUUUCUCGUGGUCAGUCGCAGGGCUGUUGUUCAGCAGCUUUCUCGUGGUCAGUCACAGGGCUGUUGUUCAGCAGCUUUCUCGUGGUCAGUCACAGGGCUGUUGUUCAGCAGCUUUCUCGUGGCCAGUCACAGGGCUGUUGUUCAGCAGCUUUCCCGUGGUCAGUCACAGGGCUGUUGUUCAGCAGCUUUCUCGUGGCCAGUCACAGGGCUGUUGUUCAGCAGCUUUCUCGUGGUCAGUCACAGGGCUGUUGUUCAGCAGCUUUCUCGUGGCCAGUCACAGGGCUGUUGUUCAGCAGCUUUCCCGUGGUCAGUCACGGGGCUGUUGUUCAGCAGCUUUCUCGUGGCCAGUCACAGGGCUGUUGUUCAGCAGCUUUCCCGUGGUCAGUCACGGGGCUGUUGUUCAGCAGCUUUCCAGUUGGACUAAAAUUAUACUUUCUCCCGUCUCCCAAUUUCCUCUACAGUCUGACACGUCUCUGUGCUGCUUUCUUCCAUUGAAAAAUCUAUAUUUUGGAGCUGUGGAAUUGUAGUCAGAUUAAAUCUCUUUUAGAACUCUUAACAGUGUUCAGAUUAAAUAUCUUUUGAACUGAUAUUGUAGUGGGAUUUAAAUUCUAUCAUAUGCAUAUUGCUAUAUUGAAGUAGCCUUGUUGCAUCGUCGUGACUAACUGAAUCUAAUCUCUGUCUAGGACCAGAAAUAGCAGGGCAUUGUACAGUAGAAGAGUUGCAAACAUACAAUGUUUAUCUCAGAGCAGGUACCAUAGAUUUACUAGGAUGGGAAUUCCCAGUUAAGUCAAUGUAACAUGAUUGGUUGACUUGUAUUUCUAUGGCUGGGCCAUUUCAGUCGUUGGCUUGUCGUGAUGGAAUCUACUGGCUUUCUAAUACCUCAGCACUGGUGUUUAGUUUCAGUCAAGUCUCCUUUCUGAAGCACCUGGGACUUGAAAAGGAACAUCCCUGUCCUUUUAACAUAAGAGACUGAGUCUAAAGGGUUCAAUCUGUUCAGCUUUGACCAAGAUGCCAUGCAGUCAACAGACAGCACGUUCAGUCAUUGUAGGUUCCCAGUUUCUACAGGAGGACCCCUGGUUCUGAUGCUGCUGUAUCUACAGGCUUUCCUGGUUUGUAAUUCCAGUAGCCUGGCCCCAGAUCUGUGUGUUGUCUGGUCCAACUUGACAAACAGCCUGGUCCCAGGUCUAUUGUGCUAUCAUUCCAAUACGCCAAGGGCCAAACUGUUCUCCAGCUCUCCUUAACUGAUACCUCCACAUGGAGAGAGGGGGGCAUUCGGUUCAAUUUACCCAAUGGUUAAGGGCUCACUGGGUCAUUUACCCAAUGGUUAAGGGCUCACAAUGUAAUUGUACUUCUGUGUGAUCAUUUGGUUGGAGAAGUCAGUGAGGCACUUUACUGCAGACACUGUGGGCCUUCAGGAACUGGGUCUGCUUGGUAACUUGGUUGUUCCAGACCAGUGAACACUUUACUGUGGGCCUUCAGGAACUGGGUCUGCUUGGUAACUUGGUUGUUCCAGACCAGUGAACACUUUACUGCAGACACUGUGGGCCUUCAGGAACUGGGUCUGCUUGGUAACUUGGUUGUUCCAGACCAGUGAACACUUUACUGUGGGCCUUCAGGAACUGGGUCUGCUUGGUAACUUGGUUGUUCCAGACCAGUGAACACUUUACUGCAGACACUGUGGGUCUUCAGGAACUGGGUCUGCUUGGUAACUUGGUUGUUCCAGACCAGUGAACACUUUACUGCAGACACUGUGGGUCUUCAGGAACUGGGUCUGCUUGGUAACUUGGUUGUUCCAGACCAGUGAACACUUUACUGCAGACACUGUGGGCCUUCAGGAACUGGGUCUGCUUGGUAACUUGGUUGUUCCAGACCAGUGAACACUUUACUGUGGGCCUUCAGGAACUGGGUCUGCUUGGUAACUUGGUUGUUCCAGACCAGUGAACACUUUACUGCAGACACUGUGGGUCUUCAGGAACUGGGUCUGCUUGGUAACUUGGUUGUGUUCCAGACCAGUGAACAUUUAUAUGGGACGUGAUGUUUCUUGGGCUCCAAAUAGGCUUCUUUCUAUUCCUUAUGUCUUGUUUAUAGACAGAAAUUGGUUUUUAUUUCUGGAAGCAAAAAUACAGAACAAAAAAAUACAUGGAUUUAUAAGGUGUCUUUUCAUAUUGUACUUUAUACUGGAAAAACAUGUGAUUUGCUAUUUUUUUUUUUAUACAAACGAAAAGUAUAAUUCAAACACGAUGCGAAUGUUCACUAAGAACUUAUUUGGCAUUGGAGAUACUUGCCGACAAUGUGAAAGAAAUGUAACCAGUCUCUUGUAAUGAGAAUGAUGGUGGUUUUGGGCCCCAGGUCAGGGUUGUGUUCAUUAGGCAUCAAACAAGAAAACAAAAUGAAACUGGGUUCAAUCACUGGAAACUGUUUCCAGCUGAAAAAUAUUUAAACCGUGAACGGAUGCGUGCCCUAAUAAACAUUACCCAGGUUCCCCUACUGGCCCGAUCACCCUGUCAUCGACCUAGAAACCUCAGAUAUCACCAGCGUACGUUGUCUUGUUUUCUUGUGAAGUCAUAAGGAUGUAAUUCAGAGCACAGCCCCUGAAGUUAAACGUGAAUGUUAAGAUGGGUCCAAGCCAGUUUGGGGGGGGGGGGUAUCUUAACCCCCUCAAGUCUAAAUCAAGUUCAAUACUUUACUGUGUGAUGUGGUGCAGGCCAGUUGGAUGUAGCCAGAGUCCAUCUGCUUGGGCUGUUAUGCCAACUCAUUGUUUGGCUUGACUGACAGCAAUGAAGUAGGCAAAACACCACAAACAGACUGGCGCUCAGGCUGUUGUGAUGCCCGCCAGUUAAACUCAGGUUACGUAAAAGACAUCUACCUCGGGCAGGUGAGAACUGUGAAAGCAGAGCUAGUUCAUGUUCAGAAAGCUUUGAGCCCACAUUCCCCUUUUAUAAGAUUGUGAAAUGUUCUUAUAGUCCCGUCUCUCACUUUUCAAUAAACUAUUUUGUAGAAUUUCA